CCCCUGUCAAAUUGUGGCCCCCUUCUCCACCACAUAAUGCCAACAUGGGCCCAGCAGCUGCCAAAGCACAGAGGCCAGCUGCAGCCCUGGUGCAGAAAUGUGAUCUGUGUGCCGCGGCGUUAUUUAUAUCAGGGGGCCGCAGGAGGACGUCUGAAGUGCUGUCCACCGCACCACCCAUGCAGACCCCUGAGAGACUCGCCAUCGACCACCCGGCACAUUCUCGGUUUGUUCAGCGUCUGAGGAGGACAUUAGAGGAGCAUGACGGUGCGGGCGCAUGCCACUUACUUCAGCGCGCCAAACAUGUUGAUGCCACCAUCGAGCUGUCCAACGAUGACUGGAUGAAGAGCCCCUCUGUGGAGCUGCCGCCCCUCAUCCUGCUAGGUCUCUGGUCUCUGGACUACAAGCGAGAGCUCACCAGCCCGCUAUGCAUCACCGCCGCCCAGGGCUUCACCGACUGUCUGCGCUACCUGCUGGAGCACGGUGCCCAGCCCAACUUGGCACCAGGCGGGAGGACGGCGCUGCACGAGGCCUGUGCCAACUGCAACACGGACUGCGUGGAGCUCCUCCUGGAGCACGGGGCUGACCCCAACCUGCUCAAUGAGGACGGCCAUGCACCCCUGCACCUCUGCAGGACCCCACAGUCUUUCAGGUGUGCCAAACUCCUGGUGAGGCACGGAGCGGCCAUCAACCAGUCGAGCGACGACGAGCAGGAGACGCCACUGCAUGUGGCUGCCAAGAGGGGUCUGCCAAGCCACGUGCACCUCUACCUGCGCAGGGGCGCCGCGGUGGACCCCUCAGACAGCCAGGAUGAGACCCCGCUGGGCGCUGCCUGCUCUGUGGCCAGCCACCCCGACGAACAGGACACGCAGGUGCAGGUGUGCCAGCUGCUGCUCCUCUACGGGGCGGACGUGGGUGCGGUGGACAAGGACAAGAGGGGCGCCCUGCACAAGGCCUGUCGGAAUGCCAGCCAUGGACUGGUGCAGCUGCUGCUCGGGCAUGGGGCCGAUGUCAAUGCCAUCGACUACAACGGGGGCUCGCCACUCUCCACCGUGCUGCAGAACGCCGUCAUCAAGCUGGACAUGGAGCCACACCUGACCGUCCAGACGCUGCUCAACCACGGGGCUCAGAAGGUCUGGCCGCCGGCGUUCCUAAAGGUGCUGAGGUCCUGUGCGGCGGCCCCCAAGGCCAUCGAGGUCCUGUUCAAUGCCUACAGCCGACUCGACGUCACCUCCAAGUGGAUCGAGGCCAUACCAGAAGACACCUUUGAGGCCCACCGGCCCUUUUUUGAGUCCCUGCUGGCCCUGGAGUGGACCCCGCGCUCGCUGCAGCACCUGUGCCGCUGUGCCAUCCGGAAGCUGUGUGGGCAUCAGUGCCAGCUGUAUGUGCCGCUCCUCCCACUGCCCACAUUUUUGCACCGCUAUCUCCUGCUGGAGCCGGAGGGAGUCGUAUUUUAGCAUCAAAUAACACUUUUCAGUGCCAGCUCCUAUGGCAGGGUAAAAUAGAAGAUGGGCAUCGGGAAUUUCCAGGCACACCGUACUCUGGCUGUUUGUAUAGAGACUGUGCCCAGCUGGCUGAGGCCGCAGAAGGUAGACCCCCGAGCCCCCCACCUGGCUCCCUCUUCGCCUGCCACUUCCUGCUUUCAGUCGAGUUGAUUUUCCAGUCUGCGCCUGUAGGUGGCACUGCAGACUCACUUGACGUGUGGCUCAACGGUGACGGGCACGGUGGGUUGGCAAGAGAAAGAUAAACGCCUGCUGCGAUUUGAACCCUGCCACCUUCUGCCCACCAGGGGGCGCUCUGCUCUUUUCUUAUAUUUUUUUUUUAAUUGACCCCUCAUUUGUUCUUUUAGGCGACAGCAGGUGGCACCACUGAGUGUUUUUGUUGCAGUGAAUGAGGGUCUGCUGCCUGCGCACCCCUUCAAAGCUGUGCCACGACAAUACAGGG